GCUUCUGUGAAGCGGUGCGUUUAUGGUGGCGCACACAACACGUAACAGCUGUAGACGAAUGCGGUCGCUAUGCGCCACAGCUCUGCAGCAGAAAUUUGGGCUUAGUAGGACUGUUUCUUGGCAGUGUAAUGAAUUUCUUCAGGAACCGCUUGGUAGUUCUAUGUUUGGUGCUUCUUGGCACAUUACUACUGUACCUGCUUCUGCCUGCCAUCCGUCAAGGCAGCAUGGAGCCAUUUCUAAAUGUCCAGAGGAUGGGGCUUGCCGGAGGAUCUCUUGCACCAUCGGCUAACAUCACUGUCCAUGCCCGACAGCUAUCUGGAGACCUGCCACUCUUCUUUCGAGAGACAGUGCCUAGCGAUGGGACGGGCAGGUUGCAAGUACUGUUGCUGCAUGGGCAAUCUUUUACUUCAAAGAACUGGGAAGAUCUAGGAACCUUGAAUCUAUUAGCUCUUCAAGGCUUUCGUGCUUUGGCCUUGGAUCUGCCAGGAUUUGGAAACUCUCCAUAUCUAGACACAGUGAAAACUGAUGAAAAUCGAGCAGAAAUGCUAUUGCAAUUUAUGGAGAAGCUGGAUGUAAAAGAGCCAGUUGUGGUUAGUCCUUCAAUGAGUGGCCGCUUUUCCUUGCCCCUCCUGAGCCUGCAUAGUUCCCGUCUUAAGGGCUACAUUCCCAUUGCACCUGUGGGCACCAAGGCUUAUAGCGUUGAGCAGUACAAGAGAAUACAGACACCAACUUUAAUUGUUUAUGGUGAGAUGGAUAGUAAUUUGGGAGCACAAUCCCUGGACAGCCUGAGCAAUCUCCCACAACACUCAGUGGCAAAGAUUAAGGGAGCCAAGCACGCCUGCUAUUUGGACAAGCCAAAAGAGUUUCAUCAGGCUCUGCUGGACUUUCUGAACAAACUUCGUUGAGAUUCAUGUCAACUGGGGUGUGUGGUGUGAGAUGGUGUUUGUGCUACAGAUGUUCAUGCAAGUUUAGUGUUCUUCUGGAUCCUUCCUUUAGUGGCUAUAGAGUAAGCACUCUGUAGAAGUACCUUCUGUAAAGAUGAUCUCAGGUAGCUGGGGCCUCUGAACUUCACAAAGACAGUGCCGUAAACCAGAGCUGCUCCUUGAUCCAUAGCAGCAGUCAGGCUAACAUGACUGUAUGGGGCUUAUUGUGCUUCUCAAAACUCUGGUAGUGAUGUCAUUGCCACUAUUAUGGAAGUCCCAACACUAACUCAGUUUUUUGUUUUCAAUUGUGUUGCAUGGAAGUACAGUGACAGUCAAAUAAAACGAUUGUCUUGACAGCAAAGUGUGGUACUGCAAAACAGAAAAAGAUUGAAGAAUCACCAUUGGGGAUGAUCACUCAAGUUUAGGGGAACCACACGUGCAGUGUUUUUCUGUGCAAUGCACUACAAAUGUAUUCUUUUUUGCUCAAGGUAUGGGGAAGGAGUAACUGGUGAAAAUGUAACUAAAGCAAAUAACCAGCUGCGGAAAAGCUGUUAACAUACAUAAAUAUAUGUUUGAGCUCAUGAAACAUGGCUUCCAGUGUAAGGCUGUGAAUAAGUGGUAUGCUGUCUGUGUAUGUUGUAAAGUUAUGUGGAGUGCAGUAAAACAA